AUGGUGGACAAUGUUUGUUUUAGGAAAAAGGGAUUCCGUUCUAAGUGUCUAAAAGAUGGGUCUUUUGUAGGAGAAAGUCCAGGAAACAAGAAUCUAGAAAGUAUUAAAAUCCAGUAUGGGGGUCAACUUAUAUCAACUCCAACCCCUAUAUAUUACGGUGGAGACUUUUCUAUGGUUGAUAAGGUAAGGUUGACAACCAUCACUCUUAUGGAUGUAUAUUGCAUGGUUGAGCGGUUAGGGAUACAUGGAAUGGUCCAUUUGUAUCAUAUAAGUAAUGAAGAUGAAAUACAAAAGAUAGAAGAUGAUGGAAACCUUCGAACCUUAUGUUUGAAUUCCUUAAAAAGAGAUAGAUUAGUGGUCUUAUAUGCUCUGGACGAUGCAGAUGAAACUAAUUUCAGAGGUGUUGGCAUUGAAGAUUGGAGCGAAAAGGAUUCUGAAUAUGAUGAGGCCGAUGAUGAUAAAUAUUAUGUGGAUUUUGUGGCCAGUUUAUCAAAAUCAAAGGUAGUUGUGCCAUAUAUUGGUAGUGGAGAAGGUUUGAAAAAUGGAAAAAUGAAUGACAACAGCUGUGGCGUAGGUAUAAAAUACGGAAAAGACAAGGAGAAGGAUAAACUUGAGAUUGUUUAUACAGGGGCUGGGGAGCAAGAGACUCAUAGUGAUGGGGAAGAGGACCUGGAAGACCCACAACGCUUAGGAAAAAAUCAAGGCAAGAGAUACAAACAUAGCUUACCAAGGGGUGGUGGUAAGAUAAAGUGCAGAAAAUGUAAUGUUCAGGGGUACAAUGCAAGGACCUGCCAAAAUAAGGUUGCAGGAGAACCCAAUGAAGAACAUAAUUUAAUGUCUGGCUCCAUUGAUGCUGAAACUUCAAAGAUUCAAGAAGAUCCAAAGAGGGAUGAGAAAAAGAAUCACAAUCAAAAGGGGAUGAACUUGAAAAAACGCAAACAAAGAGCAAAUGAGGAAUCACAUCCCAAAGAGCAAAGAAAGAAGGUUUUGAGCAUGUCACAAGUUAAGAAUACUGAUGCCAAAAUCCCAGAAAUCAUAAUUAACCGGAUGAGAGAGGAGUCUAGUUCAAAAUUCUUUGAUGAGAAGACUAGUGCUGAAAAAAUGAUAGCAAGUGAAUUGCCAAACACAAGGAAGCCACUUAAAUCUAAUGCAAAGUUGUGCUCAGACUUAGAUAAACAUGAAGGGAGAAAAGAGACACUUCCAGAUCGUUACAAACCAGACAUAGGUUUGCUUUUGAAGAAUGGCAUGCGUGUUCCAGAUUGGAUGCAUCUUUUUGACUUCGUGACAGACCAAAAUGAUAAUGCUUCUGCACCAAUUCAAUCUGCAGCUGUAACAUACUGGUGGAUAGGGAAAAGGCAUUGCUAA